AGCUACAGAGAAGCCCUGUCUCAAAAAAAAACAACAGAAACAAAAACAAACAACUUGCUUGAAGAUCCGUGUGCAGAGCCAAGCCACUAGUUAGCCACAGAAGCAGUGGUGGCACACGCCUUUAAUUUCAGUCAGGCAGACAGAUCUCUCUGAGUUCAAGGUCACCUGGGGCUACUUGAGAGUAAAUCCGUCUACAAGGAAAACAGAGCUCACAUCUUUGAUCUCAGCAUUUAGGAUAACACACCUUUAAUCCCAGGACUAAAGGCAGAGGCAGGCAGAGGCAGGCAGAUCUCUCUGAGUUCAAGGCCACACCUUUGAUCUCAGGAUUUGGGAUGACACGCCCUCCAUCCCAGCACUAGAGAGGACUCUAUAUAAGGCUGUUGUUUGGCGCAGCCUCCCUGCAGUCCCAGGUUUGGUGGAGAGCUUUGCAGACUGCAGUCACUCCGAGGACAGCAUAGCUAGCCCCUUUGUCUGAGCCGUGGUAGAGUUAAGAACUCUCUUGUGAUUUGGCUGCUUUGUUUUUCUGAUCUUCAGCUUGAACUCCAAUAACUGUCUCUGUGCUUUUUUUUUUUUUAUUAAUUGUGCUGCCUCGGAGUCUAUAAACUUGCGGGGGAAAAAGUAUAGGGUAGAAAGAACAAAGAAAGAACCUAGAAAGAACACAAAAGAGCAGAGAAUAAAGAAGGUAGCCAUCUGCUAAAUGGGUCACCACACUCGCUCGUGCUCAAGGUCCACAGGGAGCAGGGGUCGGAGGCAGCAAAGGUGGAACCAGAGCCACAGCCAGAGUCAUGGACAGAGUAGCCAGUGGCAUCAGGAGUACAAGAGGAGGCAUAAAGGCCCGCGGCACAGCCGGGGGCACAGGUCAGAUUUAGAGGGAGACCUGAUGCAAAGGUCUGGGAGGCGAAGCCGGAGCCCUCGGCCACCCCGACGGCACUCACAGGACCAGUCCUUACAGUCUGACUCCAGUGAGGAGCGCAGCUCCUGGGUCCCGCAGAAUCGGCGGCGGCGCUCCUGGUCCCCAGGGUCAUGGGCAUCUAGUUCAGAAUCCCCAAGAUGCUCUCCAAGCCCUGGGACAGCUGACCUGGCCCCGAGCCAGCCAGGGAACCUGCAGCAGCGGCUGCGGCCCCAUGAGAAGCAGAGGCAGCAAGAAGAGCUGUUCAAAGCCCUCGAGACGCCAGAGGAGAAGCGUGCAAGACGACUAGCCAAGAAGAAAGCUAAGGAGAGCAAGAAACGGGAGAGGAUGGGCUGGAGUGAGGACUAUGUGGGCUACACCAACGCCGACAACCCCUUUGGAGACAGCAAUCUACUGGGCACCUUCAUCUGGCACAAGGCACUGGAGAAGAAGGGUAUCAGCCACCUGGACGAGAAAGAGCUGAAGGAACGCAACAAGAAGAUCCAGGAGAGCAACCAGCUGGAGCUCCAAAAGGUGAAGCAGCUGCAGCAGGAGCGCGAGCGCGAGAAGACCAUGCGGGAGCAGGAGCUGGAGCUGCUGCAGAGGGAGAAAGAGGCCGAGCACUUCAAGUCCUGGGAGGAGCAGGAGGACAGCUUCCACCUGCAGCAGGCCAAGCUGCGCUCCAAGAUCCGCAUCCGAGCCGGGCGGGCUAAGCCCAUCGACCUGCUGGCCCAGUACAUCAGGGCAGAGGACGACGACCUAGCCGUGGAGAUGCAGGAGCCCUACACCUUCCUCAUUGGCCUCACAGUGGCGGACAUGGAAGACCUGCUGGAGGACAUCCAGGUGUACAUGGACCUGGAGCAGGGUAAGAACGUGGACUUCUGGCGGAACAUGACAAGCAUCACGGAGGAUGAGAUCUCCAAGCUCCGCAAGCUGGAGGCCUCAGGCAAGGGCCCAGGGGAGCGCCACCGCGAGGGCAUCAACGCCUCGGUCAGCUCCGAUGUGCAGUCGGUGUUCAAGGGGAAGACAUACAACCAGCUGCAGGUCAUCUUCCAGGGCAUCCAGGGCAAGAUCCGAGCAGGUGGCCCCAACCUGGACAUGGGUUACUGGGAGAGCCUGCUGCAGCAGCUGCGCCCGCGCAUGGCCAGGGCCAGGCUCCGUGAGCGCCACCAGGAUGUUCUGAGGCAAAAGAUGCUCAAGCUGAAACAGGAGCAGGGGGUGGACAGAGAGACACUGUGCUCCAUUCUCAAGUCCGAGCCCAAGGCCAUUCACGGGCCCGGGCCCUCGGCGGACCCUGAAGAAUCCGAGGGGGCUCCGGCACCUGGGGAUGGGGAAGCGGACAAGGACAUGGACAGAAAUGGCGAGGCGGUGCAGAUGGAGGAGAACCCGAUCCAGGAGAGCCUGGCAGACUACUACGAUGCAGGCCUCUACAGCCCGCGGCUGCUCAUGGCACACGAGCAGCCACUGGACGCACACGUGCUGGAGCCGCAGGAGGACCUUCAGCGCCUGCUGCAUUCGCGGCUGCAGCUCCAGGCCACAGGCGACGCGGGCGACAGUGCCGAGGACAUCCUCUUGCAGCGCGCGCGAGAGGGCUUGGGGCAGGACGAGGCACAGUUCAGCGUGGAGAUGCCGCUGGGCGCGCGCGCCUACCUGUGGGCAGACAAGUACCGGCCGCGCAAGCCGCGCUUCUUCAACCGCGUGCACACGGGCUUCGAGUGGAACAAGUACAACCAGACGCACUACGACUUCGACAACCCGCCGCCCAAGAUCGUGCAGGGCUACAAGUUCAACAUCUUCUACCCCGACCUCAUCUGCAAGCAAGCCACGCCGGAGUACUUCCUGGAGGCCUGCGCGGACAACCGCGACUUCGCCAUCCUGCGCUUCCACGCUGGGCCGCCCUACGAGGACAUCGCCUUCAAGAUCGUCAGUGGCGAGUGGGAGUAUUCGCAGCGCCACGGCUUCCGCUGCCAGUUUGCCAAUGGCAUCUUCCAGCUGUGGUUCUACUUCAAGCGCUACCGCUACCGAAGAUGACACCCGCAGGGCAGG